AUGUUUGAUGCUGUUAAAACUGUAUUUGAAAAAAAUGAAGACAUUCUUCAUGGUGAUGCUAGUAAAGGAGUAAAGGCACGCCAACUCAUGGUAAAGAUUGUAAAUGCGCUAACCGCCCGUAAAGAAAUUGGUGCUCCUAUGGCUUGUCUUUAUCUUCUAAGACAUCCGGACCAUUAUACAAACUUUAAGUUCAUUGUAUGGUAUUGGCCACAAUUUGUUAAUCAUAUAAAAGAACAGUUUGGUAUUCCUUUAUAUGGAUCUGACAAAAACAGAGAUAAGGUUACUAUCCGCAGGGUAGAAGAGUCAAUUGUAUCAUUGUCCCCUGUUAUUGACUAUAUAUACAGGCCAUCUAUAUAUGGUGAUGUUUGUCUAUAUGACUGGAUAACUAUCUCAUCAAACACUGUAUAUUCUGAUGAUGAAGACACAUCUGAAACUAUAGUUCCAGAUGAUAAAGAAGAUACUGAUGAAGAUCCUGCAGACAUCAUGAGUGUUGAUGAAAAUGAGUUCAUCCAUAAUACUAAGACAUCCAAAGGAAAGAGUGUAAAAAGGUCCAAACCAAGUAAACCUAUACAUCAAUUCCUUUCUGAACACCCGAGCUGGAAAAUAUAUGACAUUAUUAAACGGGAAGAAAACAUGGUCCCAAUACUGACAGGAGGAACACUUCCACGUAAGGAUGGAAACCGUGAAGACUACUGUUUAACAAUGCUGGUAUUUUUCAAGCCAUGGCGUUCUGGCAAGGAUCUCAAAGCCAAUACAGAAAACUGGGAUACUAUAUUUCGAUCUCAUGAUUUUACAGAAAGACAAGUGACUAUCAUGAAGAACUUCCAUAUAAAACAUGAAUGUCAUGAUGCAAAAGAUGAUCAUUAUGCACAAAGAAAGAAAAAUGCAGUUAACUCUGGUCAUCUACCUGGCAACAUAUCUGACUAUAUUGAUGACAUGCAUUAUCAAAGUGAAGUAGACAAGUAUGAAGACUCAGAAGAUCUACUGGAACAUGUAAGAAAACAGUCUAAUAAAGAGGGCCGUGGGUAUCAGAAUAAUAAGAACUUGAUGAAUCUAAUGAAGAGUAAAUUAAUAUUGACAGGGUGGACAGAUAGAACUGAUGUAGAUAUAGCAUGUCCUCAAUUUGAGCAUUUUGACUCUGGUUUAAAUUCCACCGCACAGUGGAGUGAUUUACUUCAGACAAAGAAAGAAGAGGUUAUUCGCCUUCGAACUGAAACAAUUGCAAAAGAAAAACAAGUUAUGGCUAAGCAAACUGAAGAUCAGAUAGACUGGGUCGAUACCGUUAAAGAGGUGGAUCGGUCUUACUUACAAAUGGACUUUCAAAUGCAGAAAAAAGAGGAUAAACAGCUUACUACAGCAACCAUCAUGAAAUUUUCCUUGAAUGAAGAACAAGAGCGAGCUUUUAGAAUACUUGUAAAUCAUGCAACUCACCCAACUGGAGAAAAUUUACUAUUAUAUGUUUGUGGUAUGGCUGGUACAGGAAAAUCACAAGUAAUCAAAGCAUGGAAACAUUUCUUUAAACGAAAGAAUCAACCUUUUAGAUUUAUGGUUAUGGCUCCAACAGCCUCUGCAGCUGCUGUUGUAGGGGGUUCAACU